AGGCACCUGGUCCAGACGGACAGCAUCGAGGUCCCAUCCCAUCCCAAUGCGGAGACACACAGGGGUGACAUGAACGUGGUCUGUUGUCCUGAGCCCAGGACCAGGGGUUCCCUCGGCUCCCCAGAUCCCCCAGCAUCUCACCUCCGUGCCCCUGGGAGCCAGGGUCAGCCUGGCCCGAGGAGGGUCCGUCCGCCAGCGGGAGGACACCGGCAGGACCGACGCCUCCCGGCCGGGCAGGCAGACAGCACCCAGGCUUCGCUCCUGCAAGGGCCGGCCCCUUCCCUCCCCAGAGUCCGCCGGGGCGGGAGUGGAAGCCGGAUCCCGCUCUUUCGUUUUCGUUUCCUGGAAGGAUCGAGAUUACCGGAGCGCCCUGCUCGCCUGCUGGCCCUGGGGAAGCCGUGGGCGCACUACCUGGCUCUUCUCCAAAGUGAUCUAGGCGACCUUCCAGUUUUGAGGGCCGAGUUAGGGGUUGGGGGAAGGAGGCCCAGCAGCCGGGCCAAGGGAGCGCUCAGGACGGACAGCCGGUGGCUCCCUCACUUCCACCGGUGAUGCAGGAGGGAGAAUUGGCCAGUUCUUCUGUGAGCCCCGAGGCAGCCACGCCACCCCCAGGCACCCAGGCCAGAUGUGAAGCUAGAAUGGACUUGCUGGGGGAAGCGGGGAUCUGCAAACUGCCAGGAAGACUCCGCAUCCAGCCGGCCCUCUGGAGCAGGGAGGACGUGCUGCACUGGCUGCGCUGGGCCGAGCAGGAGUACUGUCUUCAGCGCACCGGGGAGCACGGCUUCGAGAUGAACGGCCGAGCCCUCUGCAUCCUCACCAAGGAUGACUUCCGGCUGCGUGCGCCCGGUUCAGGUGACGUCCUAUAUGAGCUGCUUCAGUACAUCAAGACCCAGCGGCAAGCCCUGGUGUGCGGGCCCUUUUUUGGAGGGGCCUUAGGGCAGAAGAUGCCUACUCAGCACUGCCCCUGCCUCCUGGAAGACGGCACCGGGCCACCUCAACGGGCCCCCGGAACGGAUUGCCUGCAGCAGCCACCGCACCUGGGGUUUGCCAGCUCCUUGAGCCACCUGGCCAGAUGGCCCCCUGGCGGGGAGGACUCCCUCAAGGUAUCUCACUGUUCGGAGCUCGGCUGCAGGGCUGAGGGAGACUGCUCCUCCCCCGUGACGCGGGAGGCUCCCAUCGACGGCAGGAUCGCAGAUUGCCGGCUGCUGUGGGAUUACGUGUACCAGCUGCUCUCUGACACCAGGUACGAGCCCUACAUCAGGUGGGAAGACAAGAACGCCAAGAUCUUCAGAGUCGUGGAUCCAAACGGGCUUGCCAGACUCUGGGGAAACCACAAGAACCGGGUGAACAUGACCUACGAGAAGAUGUCACGUGCCCUGCGCCACUACUAUAAGCUGAACAUCAUCAAGAAAGAACCUGGGCAGAAGCUCCUGUUCAGAUUUCUGAAGACACCCAGGAAGGUCGUCCGGGGCAAGGAGCAAGAAGAGAGCCCGGAGCAGGGCAGGAUGGAUUUGAAGGAGGAGAUGCUGGAAGUGUCUCCAUGAGGGGCAGGUGGAUUCUGGGCGCCAGCAGAGUCUCCCGGGAAGGCAGCUAGCUGCGUGGGGGCUCCUCCUCCCUCUCGGGGCAGCAGGGGUCCCCAGCUGGCUUUGCACUCCAGGGAUCACAGCUGUUCUCAGACCUCAAAGCUGCCUGGGCACCUGGGAGGCUGGGAACUGGGAGGCCUCAGAUUCAAGACAUUGUAGGGGGGCAUCGCUCUUAGGUAGGGCAGCCCUGGGGCUCAUUGGGGUGCAGGGAGUGAUCCCCCUCUCUGGCCUACCCCUUGCUGCCUGCCUAGCUUGGAAGUGAGAGCAUCCAGCCCAAUUCCUUCAACUUACAGAAGAAGGAAGCAGGGGGCCCUUACUGGACCUUAGCUUUUCUCAUUUGUGAAAGGAACGAGCUCAUGAGAACCCACCCCCAGGGGGCUGAUGCUGCGUGGGAAAAAGGAGACCUGUUUCAUCAGUCUUAAUAAUAAUAAUCAUAAUCAUAAUGGUAACUGA